CAAAUUCCAUCCAAACUCUCGCUUUCGUAGAAAUUCACAUAUUUAUCCGGCGCAGUCUGACCCUUCGUUUCUUGCUACGUUUUCUACUUUGAUUUACCCUCUAUUUCACUCCUUUUAUACAGCCUUGCUCCACUAUCGGCCUAAAGACUUUUUUUUCUCAAGUUUUUCAAGCCGCCAAAAUUAGCUUUGACUUCGCGACAGCGCACAUCGAACGACGCGCCUCUCCCUCUCCCGCCUGCAUCCAUGGCGCGCACAAAGCAAACAGCUGUUAAGCGCGAGUCCUCCUCAGAGUUUUUCAACAAGCAGUCGGCAACAUGGGAAGAUAGCAAUGGGAAAGAGGUGAAGACUACAAACGGGCACACUGCCUCUGCGAAGGCGGCGGCGCAAGAGUCUGCGAAGGGCGAGGCGGGUUUUGUUCAGCUGGUGAUUGCUGUUUCUGGCAUCUAUGCUUCCUUCUUGACUUGGGCGUACCUCCAAGAGAAGUUGACAACUAAGACUUACGGCCCGGCCGACGCACCAGAGGUCUGGCGUUUCCCCGUCUUCCUCAACACCAUCCAGUCGCUCUUCGCUGCGGCCGUUGGCUUCAUCUACCUCUUGGUCUCGACGCCGAAAGGCGCCCCCGUGCCGUCGAUUUUCCCCUCGCGCCGCAUCCUCGGACCCCUCAUGCUUGUCGCCAUCACAAACAGUCUGGCCAGUCCCUUUGGCUACGCCAGUCUUGCGCACAUCGACUACAUCACUUUCCUGCUGGCCAAGAGCUGCAAGCUGCUGCCCGUCAUGUUCCUCCACAUCACCAUCUUCCGGAAGCGCUACCCGAUUUACAAGUACACCGUGGUUGCCGCCGUCACUGCUGGCGUUGCCGUCUUCACGCUCCACUCCGAUCGCAAGCACAAGAAGUCGAAGCUGUCGGAGGAGGCAAAUCUCCCUUGGGGACUGCUGCUGCUGAGCAUCAACCUCCUGUUUGACGGCCUCACCAACAGCACCCAGGAUUACAUCUUCCAGACUUUCCGCCCCUUUAGCGGACCGCAGAUGAUGUGCGCCAACAACAUCAUGAGCACUGCUGUCACGUCCUUGUACCUCGUUGCCAGCCCUGCGCUCGUCUCUCUUGGCAUCGGCGAGUGGCUUGGCAUGGAUGUUGCUGGCAGCGCUGGCGAGAUGAACGCUGCUAUUGAGUUCAUGACCAAGUACCCUGCUGUGUGGAAGGAUGUUUUGGGCUUUGCAGCUUGCGGUGCCCUGGGCCAGGUCUUUAUCUUCUAUACUCUUUCUACAUUCUCAUCCGUCCUGCUAGUCACCGUCACCGUGACCCGCAAGAUGUUCACCAUGAUUCUCUCAGUCGUCGCGUUCGGCCACCGUCUCACGCAGAUGCAGUUGCUUGGAGUCGGGCUCGUCUUUGGCGGCAUCGGUGUUGAGGCUGCCAUUGCCAGGAAAGAGAAAAUGGCAAAGGAAGCCGCCAAGGUGAAGAAAUCUUCAUAGGAGGACCAAACAAAGGAUAUGAUGAUAGAAUCAGGAUUUUUGGACGCUUUUAAAAGUACAUACAUCUACUAGUAUAUAAAUUGGGGGUUAAGCACAUAAAUAGAUAGCUCUUCACGUUUGGAUCAUGUUUUUUUUUUUUUUAAAGUUGUACGGCCU